CAUUCGUACACCCGGCUGACACGGCAUGAGGAUGAUGUGCCGAAUACUAUAAAUUAGUUGAAGCUUCGGUAUUCUUGGCGCCCAAUUCAUUUCAGUCACACUAUGAUGUGCGAAAUUCCGCGGGCUCGAGAGCGAGGUCGAAGUACAAAUUACUAGGUUUUCUCUCCGUCGUUGUCUUUCAAUUUGAAAAUGGAGAAGCUCGGAUUUCCAAGCAUGAAGAGCUUGAAGCAGUUGAAGUCACUCUCAGGUUCGGCGCAAGGAACUACUAAAACGUUCUCAUUCUCUUCGCGUUCGGUUCCGGACUCUGCCUCAUCGGGAAGUUUUGUCAAUUUGAAGAUUGCUGCAGAGAAAUUGAUGAAAGAGCAAGUUUCUUUGAAGACUGAUCUGGAAAUGGCGAAUACGAAAUUAAGGAAAUCAGUGGAGCAUGUGCGUGCUUUAGAGGAUAAACUGCAGACUGCAUUAAAUGAAAACGCCAAGCUCAAGGUCAAGCAAAAUGAAGACGAGAAAUUGUGGAAGGGAUUAGAAUUCAAGUUCUCAUCGACCAAGACACUGUGCGAUCAGCUCACUGAAACAUUACAGCAAUUAGCCUGUCAGGUUCAGGAGGGUGAGAAAGAUAAGGAGGUUUUAGAAGCCAAAUUAUCCGCAAGUUCUAUAGCUGUCGAUGGGUUAAACCAACGAUUGCAUGACUUAUCAAUAAAAGUAGAGUCGGCAGAAGAAACAAUAAAAAAUCGUGAGAAGGAGCUAGCCGAGCUCAAAAUUGAGAAAGAGGAAAAUUGUAAAUUGUACAGAGAUGAACAGCAGAGAACUGCAAAUCUCAUUGAGGAAAAAGAAUCUCUGACGAAGAGGUUUGAAGAAACAGUUGUGGAGAACAGGUUGACCGUAGAGGGGUUAAACUUUAAACUGGAAGCGACACAAUUAGAGUCAAAUUCAAAAGAAGAUAAAAUUACAAGUUUGAUAGCCACACGAGAUGACUUGCAGAAGGAAAAGAGUGAUUUGGAAAUGUAUAAUGAUGAGGUUAUUAAGAAAUUAGAUGCAUCACUCUUGGAGACCAAAAACCUUGAAAAUCUAGUCCAUUUAUUGGUUGAACAGCUGGUUGAAUUGGAUCGACAGAACUCAACUUUUUUAGAGAAAUUUAAUCAGCUAAACCUUCUAAAUGACUCUUGCUUUAUGCUGGUCAAAUUGGAGAGGGAUGUUGCUUCAGAGCUGGCCGAAAAGAAAUGCAACGAGCUUCGUGACAAAUUGAUUUGUGUAACAUCAGAAAAAAGUGCACUCAAAUUGAUAAAUGUGGAAUCACAGCAGAAAGUAGAUGAACUUCAGAAAGUCCAUGAAUCACUUAUCGCACAACUAUCAGAAGAGUCUCGCUUAGCAGGAGAGAGAAUUCAAAAGUUGGCGUCUGAAGUGGAAAUUCUUGCUUCAGAAAAGACAGAGACAGAAUCAUUGGUUUCCAGAUUAGAGGAGAAAAUUGGUACUUUGUCAGAAAGUUCAAGAUCAUCUGAGAAUAAAAUGCAAGAUUUGUUGCAGAAGAUUUCUGCACUGGAAAUUGAGAAUCAGAGUAACAUAGAAAAAUUGGAGAAAGAGUUACACGACAAGGCAGAAGAGAUAGGUACUUUAAUGAAGGAGAGUGAAAAUCAUAAAAAACGUGCAGAUAUGCUUGAGAUAGAGGGUGAUCAACUUCACAAUAUUUUGAAGGAAAAGGAAGAGUUUAUUCUUCUGUUUAACGAGCGUGAAAAGAAGCUAGAAGAACAAAAUAAAGAGAAUCAGGCUCUAUUGCUUGCUGUUGAAACAAAACUUUCUGAUGCUAAAAGACAGUACGAUACAAUGCUGGAGAGUAAACAGCUGGAGUUAUCAAAGCACUUGAAAGAAAUAUCCCAUAGAAACGAUCAGGCCAUCAAUGACAUCCGGAGUAAGUAUGAAGUGGAGAAACUAGAGAUUGUUAACAAGGAAAAGGAAAAGGCAGAUCAAGUUGUACAAGAAAUGGAAAGAAAUUGUGAACAAAAACUAGCAGAAUUGAAAGAAGAAUCUAGGCAAUGCCUGAUUCGCAUUCAGGAAGAACAUGCUACUCUGUUGAGUCAAAUUCAGCAAGAACAUGCUAGAAACGAACAAAUUCAUAAGGGUGACCACAAUGAAGAGCUAAAGCGUGCUCAACUGCAAGCCGAGAAUGAAUUAAAAGAGAAACUGACGUCACUGAGAAGUGAACAUGAGGCUCAGAUGAAAGCUUUGAGACAUCAAAACGAAGAUGAAUGUAGGAAGCUUCAAGAGGAGUUGGAUCUCCAAAAAACUAAAGAAGACAGGCAGAGAACAUUGUUGCAAUUACAAUGGAAAGUGAUGGGUGACAAGCUUCAAGAGGAUCAAGAAGUGAAUUCAAAGAAGGACUACUCCAUGUCAUCAAUCAAGAUGAGAGGUUCUGGUGGUUCCAGAAAAAGCAAGCGCACUCUGAUUAGACCGGCGCAUGAAGAGGAUUCACCUUACCUACAAGAAGCUCAAACACCAGUAUCGAAGUUGUUGAAGACCGUAGAGGACAUAAACACAGGAAGUGUUGCAAGUAUCCCUAAGCACCAUAAGAAGGUUACUCGCCGUGAAUAUGAAGUUGAAACUACAAAUGGAAGGACGAUCACUAAAAGAAGAAAAACCAAAAGUACAGUUCUGUUUGAGGACCCGAGAAAACAUAGUAAAACUCCAAGAGGAAAUACCCCCCGAGGUCCUGUCAAGACAAUCAAGGGUGGAGCUCAAUCACGUCCUUCAAACAUUGGUGAUCUGUUUACGGAAGGGUCCCUGAAUCCCUAUGCAGAUGAUCCUUAUGCAUUUGAUUAAAGUUUUCUAAUGAAUUUCAGCACCUCUUCUACGCUAUGAUGGCCCAUGGGACACAUGUUUCAAAUUUCAUGGCUACUGCCUCUCUCCAGGAAUUGCAUCCAUUUUAGUUGAACAUAUAAUAUAGCUCAGACACCGUGGGAAUUAAACAGAGAGCUGAGAAUGCGCGAUCCUUCAUUGUUUUUCUCGCAAUGGACUUAGUCUAUUACUCAAUAAGGCAAAGAGAUGGCUUUACGUGUCAAUAUUUUUUG